CGCACAGCCUCGCUCUCACUCGCUCCCGCCUGCUGCCACCACUACCAGCACCAAACCAUCUCCCGCCUGCGCUCUCACUCUCACUUUCUCUCGCUCGCUCAGCUAGAAUGCCGAAGUACUACUGUGACUACUGCGACACGUAUCUGACGCACGACUCGCCGUCCGUGCGCAAGACGCACUGCAGCGGACGCAAGCACAAGGACAACGUGCGCGACUACUACCAGAACUGGAUGGAGGAGCAGGCGCAAAGCCUCAUCGACGCGACGACCAAGGCAUUCAAGGCCGGACGCGACCACUCGUACCCCGGGGGAGGAGGCGGCGCAGGAGGAGGCGGAGGUGGGGGAGGCGGGGCGAUGAUUCCGCCGCCGCACGGACUAGGAGGAGCGAUGCCGCCGAGGCCGCCCAUGAUGGGUGCCUAUCCCGGCGGACCGCAUCCAGGCUUCAUGGGAGGUGCUCCCGGAGGAGGCCGCAUGGCUCCACCUGGGAUGAUGAUGCCGGGAGUGCAGCCGGGAAUGAUGAUGAUGAUGCCCGUACGAGGACCGAGUCAUCAACGCUGACGUCACGACGGGCGACGACGUCACAUCCGCCGAAUACUCAUCGGCCGACUCAGCGAGAAAUUGAUUUGAUACGAGACGAUCACAAACACUUCAGUGGCAAUUCCGACCUGCUUAUAUAUAUAUAUAUAUAUACACACAUAUAAGCAUAUAAUACUAUACUAUAUAUAUAUAAUCCAAGCGCGGUUUGUACGCC